UGGUCCAGUCAAUACAUUUUAUUUCAAGGCUGUAAAUGAAAAAAGACAUGUUUUUAAUCAUGUAUAUAAUAACAAUACUUAUCUCCUAUCUCCAAUUGGGAUCCGUGCGUAAAAGCGCGUCAAUGGCACUCCUCUCGCCCCCACCCCCACGCGCUCACAGUUAUUUCACCAUGGUCGUGCGGUCUCGAGACUCUCAACUAAAGUGCACAUCAUCGAGCUCAGCUGAUCACACGGCAUUUCUGCAUCUGCGCUGCCUGCAGUCACCGAGUGGCAUCACGCACAAGAAACAAGUGCAGACAAACUGAGACAACAAAGUCCACUCCAGUUUAUUUGGACGACGGAACUGCGCGAGACACGGACAGUCCCGGGUUUCCUCUGAGGACCAUUUGACCGACGACUGAGAGAAGUGGACCAACAGCAAAACCAGAGCAUGAAGAAGAUCGCCAAUACAGCUCUGAAGAGGUCCUUCGAGGUGGAGGAUGUCGACACUUCAUCUCACCUGUCCCCCGGCUCCCGUCGGACAACCAACUCCCCUCACCGUAACGCCAUGUCUCCCACAAGCAUCUACUACCGUGACCUGGGCACCCCCGCCCCGGCCACCAACAACAACAACCUCAACUACACCCAGCCCCGCUCCAUCAUGGGUGGAGGAGGUUCCAAGACCCCUGAGCCUGUGUCACGCCGCUCCGAACUCUCCAUCGACAUCUCCUCUUCUUCCAGCAAGCAGAUGGAUAACGCCCUCAGCCCUGCUUCUGCUCGUUUUGCCGCCAACAGCGCUCUGAAGCGUCCAGAAGUCCUGGGCCACUCCAAGACCCCCGAGAUGAGCCACAAGAGGGAGGUCACUUUUGCCAGGCCUCCCGCUGAGUCCCCAGUGAUCCGCCGCAACGAGGGCAGCAAUAACAACAAUGGCACCAGCCGGACCCCCGAGCAGAAUCACACUCGCAAGUUUGAACCUCCUAGUCCCGGAGAUGUCCGUAAACCUGAUAUCAGCAUCACCAGAGCCCCCCCAGAAAACAACGGCCACCACCCAGCAGUGCACCACCCACACCACCCCAACCCUCACCAUAACACCAUCGUCACCACCUUCCGCUGCUCCUCGCCUAGUCAUGGACGAAAAUCCCCCAACCCUGACAGGUCAGAGGUCAGUCUGAGCCACAGCAUGUCGGAGUCCACCAAACCCCACCCCCCCAACCCACAAGGUAAGGGGGACAAGAGCCAUGGCAGCGACUUCAGCUACGUGGGCAUCGAUGCCAUCCUGGAGCAGAUGAGGAGGAAGGCCAUGAAGCAGGGCUUCGAGCUCAACAUCAUGGUUGUAGGGCAAAGCGGCCUGGGGAAAUCCACUCUGAUGAACACCCUGUUCAAAUCCAAAGUGAGCCGUAAGUCAGUGCAGCCGAUCCCGGAGGAGAGGAUCCCCAAGACCAUCGAGAUCAAGUCCAUCAGUCACGAUAUUGAGGAGAAAGGAGUGAGGAUGAAGCUGACAGUAAUCGACACUCCAGGAUUUGGAGAUCAGAUCAACAAUGAAAACUGCUGGCAGCCCAUUAUGAAGUUCAUCAAUGACCAGUAUGAAGCCUACCUGCAGGAGGAAAUCAACAUCAACAGGAAGAAGAGGAUCCCGGACUCCAGGGUGCACUGCUGCAUAUACUUCAUACCUCCCACAGGCCACUGUCUGAGGCCUCUGGAUGUGGAGUUCAUGAGACGUCUCAGUAAGGUUGUCAACAUCGUCCCCGUCAUCGCCAAGGCCGACACACUCACCCUGGAGGAGAGGGACUACUUCAAACAGACGAUUAGGGAAGAGCUGCGAGCCAACGGAAUCGAUGUUUACCCCCAGAAAGAGUUUGACGAAGAUGCAGACGACAGGAUGAUCAACGACAAAAUCAGGGAGAUGAUCCCUUUUGCUGUUGUGGGCAGUGACCAGGAGUACCAGGUGAAUGGAAAGAGGAUUCUGGGAAGGAAAACGAAAUGGGGCACCAUAGAGGUUGAGAAUAUUGCACACUGUGAGUUUGCUUACCUGCGAGACCUCCUCAUCAGGACACACAUGCAGAACAUCAAGGACAUCACAGGCAGCAUCCACUAUGAGACGUAUCGUGUCCGUCGGUUAAAUGAAUCCAACGCCCAUUUCAGCUCACACCCACCUGACCAUCCUGCUGCUCAGCCAAAAGCCAACGGUCAGCCUGAGGUGCAGCCUGGCGCCGUGCAGGCCAACGGAGUGGCCGCUCAGCACGAAGCCCUGUCCCACGAGAUGUAGUCAAUAUAUGAUAUCGGGACACAGCCAGGCACAAAACACACACAUGUAUUCUGUUUACAUGACCAUGCACACAGACACACACUCAUGCUGUGAAGCCCAUUUUUUGUUACAUAGAAGGACUUUUUUGCCAAAAAGCAAACCUACAUAACCACAGGAAGUCAGAGUAAAUCCCAAUAUUUUCCUUCAGUGGGCUGUUUAUUUUUUUGUCUUUUACAUCAUUACACUUCCAAGCAAAAUCUUUUCUACAAAUCCACAGCUUUUUUUCCACCGUCUGCCUGACCGCACAAUGCAGUCUACAUUCAGGUUUUUUCUUUACAAUUAACCAUGCAAGUUGUCAGGUAAUGGAUAAACAAAAGUAAAUCCAUACAUUUUAUUAGGGAGCUUAGACUGCCAGGUUUAUUUUUAGAGCACCCAUUGACAGUCAGGACUGCAGUGGAGUGCCAUAUCCAUGAAAGUGGGAUGUAAAUAAAUCAUCAGUGGAAACAACAUAUAACAUUUUGAUCAGAAUUAAGUAGUAUGAUGGAAAAAGAGUGCCCGCAAGAGAAAAAACAAGCAUGUUGUGUACGGAAUAGCAUCGCAGGAUCUUGGUUUGACAGGAGGUUUAACCAUCUGUCUAGAUGAGAAAUGGCAUAAUUCAAAAUGAAGUACAGCAGAUGACAUUAGCUCUAAACUAGGAAUAACUGUUAGUGCCACUGGCCUGGUCUGCGUUGUGUUGUGGUGUAUAGUUUUGUAUAGAUACUAGGAUUAAGUAGUUAGAUUAGGUUUACAGUAUAAUGGAGAAAGUAAAGAUAUUGUUGACACCUCCACACUGCAAGAAUAAUAAUAAAACAAACAAAUGAUAAGAAGAAAACUGAAGAAGUGGCAGUGUGGAGCAGCUUUCCGAAAAAGUAGUCCCAUUGUCAUUUUUCCUUUGUGUUCUGAUGUUUUUAAAAAUCCCUAUUUGCCAAACCCUCCAGUCUCUUUCUAUAUGAUAUAAUGCCAAUGUUGUGUAAUACAGUCAUACGUUGCAUUUUACAUUCUCAUUUACCAUUGUAUUUUUAUUGUUGUUGUUCAUGUUCUAAUAUUAUUGUAUAUGAUGGGAGUUGUAGAGGAAUCUGUGCAACUUUUGUCCCAUGCAGCCGUUUUGUCCAUUUUUUUCCUUCUUACUGUCGACCAAAUAAAAGUCUUUUUUUCUGUUCUAAAGAGAAGCACAUACAGUAUAUAGAGUUGAUUUAUGAAUAGGUAUUUAUGUGCAUGUUAAGUGUAAUCAGUUUCAUUCAGCUUUUGGCUUCCAGAGGUUUUUUGCAGGUAUCUCGCCUUUAGCUGUAGACAGUGUUUGUUUUUUGUGGCCUGCAUUCAUACAGUAUGUUGUACCCUGUUGGCUAGGCUUCACUAUAACUAGCACCAAAGUGUAAAAGUUAAUUUUAUUUAUAUACAUUGAUUAACAUUUACCACCAAUACAUUGAACAGUGACCUUUACCUUUAAAAUGUGUGCCAAAAAAACCCAUAAAUAACACCAUUAAAAUUACAGAGGAUUUUUUUGUUAAUAUUUGUGAGAAAUGUGAUUCAAACUCAAGUCAUAUUUUAUAGAGGCUACAUCUAAAUUUCAAAUAUUUUCCUUACAAAAAUAGCCAAGUGUGUGUUUCUGCCUCUUUACGUCACAACCAUACAUGCAUACAUACAGAAGAGAUAAUGCAUUUAAAACCAAGAGAACUAUUGUCUUUUAUGCAGAGAAAGUUAUUGGAUUACACUUUGUUUACUGUUGUAUAGUUCUUGUGUAAUUUGUUAUAGUAUCAUAGAUUAAGGUUUUAUCUUUGAUAUGCUAUCUCAAAGAAUAAAGAUUGAUAUUUUUAUUGUUUAAA